UAUCAAAAUGAAGAUUUGGCACAAAGGCUGGAGGGCCAUGCCAUUAAAAAAAAAAAAAAAAAAAUGACAUUAACGUAUUUGAUUUGAGUGACAUAUUUUCGAAAAUUGGGAGGGAAAAGGAAAAGUUUGUUAUUGUGGUAAAGUUUAAAUUAUUUAUUUUGUUUCGUGGAAAUAUUAUCGAUUAAAAAUAAAGUGAUAUGAUUUCUUGUUUCCAUUAACAAUUCCAUAUGAAAUCGUUCAAGAUCCAUAACGCAACAGAAUUAUGGCAGAGGGAAACCAGUCUUCCUUCAGUAGCAUCUUUCAGUCAGAGUCUAGACAGCAUUUUGGGUACCGAUGGCUUCCAGCUAGGCAGCAUGACAGAAUUGCUAGGAUUGCCUGGGUCAGGGAAAACACAACUGUGUUUACAACUGUGUGCAUCGGUGCAGAUACCUAAAGACCUAGGUGGACUGGAUGCUGAGGCACUUUAUGUAGACACUAAUACUCACUUCACUUUAUCUAGGUUUAGAGAGAUCCUUAGUGCAACCUUACUAAAAUGUCAAAGCAUACUGGGGAAGCCACUACAAAUGACAGAAGAUGAAGCAUUACGGAAACUCCACUAUGUUGAUGCGUUUGGUCUGGAGAAAUUCUGUACCUUCAUGUACAGACUGCCCAAAUUUAUAGCAGAACAUCCUAAGGUAAAACUGAUAGCAAUAGACUCAAUAGCAUAUCCAUUCAAAGAUGGCAUCUCAACGAAGCAGAGGACAGGACUGUUAUUCAGACAAAUGGCUGAGCUGCAGAAAAUUGCGAUAGAACAUCAAAUUGCGGUGGUAUUAUCAAACGAGAUGAGCACCCGAGUGGGUCUAUCAGGCGGCGGUAUUGUAGGUUCAUUAGGCGAUGCGUGGGCGCACCGUUGUAAUGUACGACUGUUGUUGAGUACCCCUCAAAGAUGUGACGAUCCUAAACAAAGAUUGGCCUUGUUGCUGAAGAGUAAUGUUGCUUGUAAUGCUGUGGCUAGGUUUCAGGGGUACUCCAAAUAAAGACUACGAAAGGUCGAACCGACUUAUCAACGUAUAAACAAGCUUAUGAAGAUGUGAAAGCAAGCCCUUCGUUGAGACUAGUGGCAGAAAAAAAUAGACUGAACCACUGUUACCUAUUCCUUGUUGUUAUAGUUAUAGUUAAAAGUGUUGACAGGUCAGAAAUAUAAUAGCACGUUUGCUUGGUAACU